AGUUAAAUGGUUUAUCGUGGCAAUAUUAUCAAUCAACUUGUAAGAGUUAAAACUAAAAUUACUACAAGUUAGAAGUCUAGAAUUACACAAUUACAAACAUGUCUAACAUGAUUACUGAUAUUUUAACAUACUAAACCGUACACGUUGAACUUUAAUGACGCACGACUGAUCGAUAUCAUAUAUUGUAUUAUUAAUAUUUAGUAUUUCAAUAAAAACGUGAAAACUAAACUGAUUCACUAUGUCUUCGAGUGAUUGGAAUGAAGUUAAAUUGUUGGCUGCUGACUUCCAACGCAUUCAGUUGACCACUUCGUCGCAGAGACUAGGGGAAAGAAAUUGUGUGGAAAUAGUUGCAAAAUUGAUCAGUGCCAAGCUACUGGACGUAGUGUUCACAACUGAUGGUAAGGAAUAUGUAACACCAGUACAUUUGACCAAGGAAUUAAAAGAUGAAGCCUAUGUCCAAGGAGGUCGUAUAAAUAUACUAGAUGCUGCUAGAGCUCUGAAAGUUGAUCCAGAUGUUGCAUCAAACUUGUGUGAAAAAUUAGCCAAGGAUGAACCUGAUGAUUACUGCAUUGUCCAUGGUCAAUUAAUUGGAUUCACUUAUUUAGAUCAGAUAGCUGAAGACAUACUUGACAAACUAGAACAAAAUGGAUACAUAAAUUCAUUAAAAAUAUCUCAGCAAUUUGAUUUGCCUGUAGAUAUAAUUGAUUCGAUGCUUGAAAAACGCAAUAAAAAUUUGGCAUUUAAUUUACACAAAAAUAAAAAUAAUCCGUACUUAUACUAUACCGAUUCUUAUUUUAAUUCUAUUAAAAGAAUUGUUAGAGGAGCUCUUUUAGCUAUUACUCGACCAGUCUUAUGUACAGCUAUAAUCAAUCAAUGUUCUCUUGAUGAAAAAGAGUUUUUUACUGUAUUUGAGAGUCUGUUAGCAGAGAAACAAGUACCUGGGAUAUUAACUGAUCGAAUUGGAAAUGCAUGUACCUAUGUUCCAAACAUACAUACUAAAACUCUAAAUAAUUGGGUUAUGAAUUUCUAUGCCAAUAAUAACUAUUUGGAUUAUGAAGCAAUGAAUAGUGUUGGUAUAACUGAUCCCAUUUCUUAUAUUUCACGUAUGCAACUUGGAAAAGAAUUAAUUGCAUUAACCACAUGCUCUGUUGGUCCUAAGAUAUUAGAUGAUAUUUCUGCUGCUAUAGAGGAAUGUAUUUCCAGUGAAACUUGGAUUGAUAUAAUGGAUUUUGUACCAGUAGUUUUUGACAAAAAAGAUGGUGUAUUGGUAUUGGAAUAUUUGAUUGUUUCAUAUCUUUACCCAAUUUUAAAUAAGGAAGCUCUUAGGAGAUCACAAGAAAUUUAUGAUCAAGUAAUGGCGAACCGGAUGGGGGAUCGACGUAAAGUGCAUCAGGACUUUCGAGACAAAUUGUUAUUACUUUUGUCUGAUUUACAUCUAUAUAUUAAAGGCAUUCAAAAAUUUGAUAACACUGAAACUCAAGGACAGCUCACUUCAUUCUUGAUAAAAUCUAUUGGUGGAGAGAUUGUAGAAAUAGUUAAAUGUUAUUUAGCACAAAAUAAAGAACAAAACUCAGAGUCAAAAUCUAAUCAAUAUGAUAAAAAAGUUGAAGAUGCCAUUGAAAAACUUCAAAAAUCAUUGACAUCUAAACUGAUUGAUGAUUUCCAUGUAGCUGUUGAUGAGUUGUUGUCUUCUGUAGAUAUUGUACAAAAAAAAUAUGAUCRUAAAAAAGAAAGAGAACACUUACAAAAUAAUCGUCAACUUCUUCUGAAAUCGUUAUCGGACAUUGAGGAUGACAGUGCACAAUUACUUUUACUUGCUACACAAAUACUUUUCCAAUCUAUUACACAGACAAUGAUUAAAGUCUCAGGGAAGUUUGUAUCUGUCCUUUUAGGAUUUUUACAAAAACACCUAASUGAUCAAGACUUUUCUGUUCUACAAAAUUACCAUGAUCUUGUUGUACAACUCUUAAAAGCUGAAGAUCCCGAAGAAAAAAAUAAUAUCAAAUCAAAACUAGAAGAAACUACGUGCAAUGUGAAAAACCUCGUUAUCAAUUUUAAAAAGUCUUAAGACCAAUAAAUUAAGAUCUUUUAAGUUGAUUUUUAAUUUUAUUUGGACUAGCUAGAACUGAGGCCAAAAUGCACAAUUACAUUGAAAUGUAAUACGUAUUCACCAAAGGAAAGAUGUGGUACUUACAGCUCUAUAUUGUUUAUGUAUUUCACAUUCAUGAGUAUGUGACACAGCAUAAUCAUAAUCUAUACAAUUAUAUUUGGCUUAUAAUGAGCUAUUURGCUCAAUUGAGCUAUGAURACACUUAAAGUAAUAGGAAAUGUUUACUGUGACCUUUUCUGAGUUCAUGUUUGAAAUAAAUAAUAUACAUAAUCUAUUAA